AUGGCAGACAACACUCCUAUCGAUAUAGUUCGCUCUCGAGAUUAUGACCGUGAGUUAAUCUCGCAAGAUCCACUAUAUAGAAAAGACCAUCGUCAAGAUCAAACCGAACUGGAAGAGCAGCAAAACGCAGCUUCGGAAGCCCUAGAAGACAAAUAUCAACGUGAUGUCCCCCCAGACGGUGGCUAUGGAUGGGUUUGUGUCGCCUGUGUCUUCUGGAUUAAUGCACAUACGUGGGGAAUCAACAGUAGCUACGGUGUAUUCCUCUCUUAUUACCUUUCAAACGAUGUAUUCCCCAAUACCUCUGCACUCUCAUACGCCUUCACUGGUGGUCUGAGCAUAUCCUGUGCUCUUUUGGUUGCUCCUCUGGCCACCCACCUGAUCCAUGUCUACGGGACACGACUUGUGUUAAAUCUGGGCGUCUUCUUUGAGACCCUCUCGCUGAUUGGAUCCUCCUUCGCCACGGAAAGGUGGCACAUCUUCCUUAGCCAAGGCGUAUGUUUCGGAUGGGGGAUGGGAUUUCUCUUCGUCGGAAGCGUAGGCAUUAUCCCUCAAUGGUUCCAGCGACGACGAAGUCUCGCAAUGGGCAUCAACGCCGCUGGAUCCGGCCUGGGAGGAUUGAUCUGGUCCCUAGCAGUAGGCUCCAUGAUCCCUCGACUGGGGCUCAGCUGGGCCUUCCGAAUCUUGGGCAUCAUUGCAUGCGUCGUCAACCUAAUAUGCGCAAAUCUGAUAAAAGACCGCAACAAAGACGUCGGAAGCCGUCACAAAGCCUUUCACUUCCCUUUAUUCAAACGCCCCGAAUUUCUCCUUUUUCUCGGCUGGGGUGUCUUCAGUAUGUUAGGCUAUGUUGCCCUCCUAUUCAGCGUAGCCAAUUUCGCCCUCUCGGUUGGCCUCUCAUCCCAUCAGGGUAGCAUUGUCAGUGCAUUGCUGAAUCUCGGUCAAGGCCUUGGUCGGCCCUUUGUGGGCAUGUUCAGUGACAAACUCGGCCGCAUCAAUAUUGCUACAAUUCUUUCCUUCUUUUGCGGCUUGUUCUGUCUGGUUAUUUGGACUUUUGCGCGCAGUAUGGGUGUCGUUUGCUUCUUUGCUGUCCUUGUUGGUACCGUGGCUGGUACGUACUGGGCAACUGUUACUCCUGUGCUUGCGGAAAUCAUUGGUUUGAGAGACCUCCCCAGCGGUCUUAGCAUUACUUGGAUCAUUCUCGUUGCUCCUACUACUGUUUCUGAGGCUAUUGCUCUUGUCUUGCGGGACAACAACUCCAACGACUCUAUCUACUUGAGGGUCCAGAUCUUCACUGGGUUUAUGUACAUCGGUGCUUCGUUGUGCUUGUGGAUAGUCCGAGGUUGGAAAGUGGUAUAUACCAACCGGGAAGCUCAACUGAAAUCGUCUGCUGCGGUGACAACGAAUGAUAACGGUGUCAAGGUCGGAAGCUCCCAUAGGGUUGGAGAUGAGAAGAGGAACCAGCCGGCAAUGGAACCUCCAACUUCCGAUCAUAUACCUGAGGUUAGGCUCUGGUCGCCAGUUGCACUACUUCGUGGCAUGGUUACACUGAAAAGAGUGUGA